UGCUGAACACAGGCGGCGAUGAAGGACUCCAUCGGGUCUCACUGAGAUUGUGCACUUGGUAUCCACUCCGUAAAGGAAAUUCCCCUUUCCGCAACCUGUGGCCGCGCCCGGUAGCUCUAAGCUAAGCUUCUCAUAUUAAUUAUCAACACAAAAUAGAUCGAAGCUAGGUCGGUGCUCUUAGAAAUCUGCGGACGAGAUGCUAGAUGAUGUGGCUGUUUUUAUAGAUAGUGUCUGUCGGGACUUGAAUAUUGUUUCGCCACCAACGACCAACAGGAGAACUGUAUACCAAAAUACAUCACCAAUAUAUCAUGCAGUGUCUUCUCCUGAAACUACACCACCGCCCACUGCUACUGCUGUUGCUUCUGCAGGGGGAGCUUCAGGAAGCGACCUUUCAGACUCGUACAAUGCUUUUGCAGAUAAUCUAACAUCUCGACGUCCAAACGCAAAUCAUAACAGCCUUCUGGAAAGAAUUGACAGAAUAUGCAAUUCGGUGGACCAAAAUUUAAGAUCCAUUGGUAUCUAUAUCCACCCAGAAGAAACUUCUCCAAAUAGAGGCGAAAAUGAUGGCAGCAACAUUUCUUCUGUUCCUCACAGGCAACCUAAACAAAAUAUCAUUCGUCCACGAAGAGCAAAUCUUAAUCAAGCAAUGAUAGAGGAAACUCCAGCGGAUGCCACACCCCCAACUACGUCUUCUAACGUGCGAAAUGAAACCAAUCGUUCACGAAGACCAAAUUUAAAUCAAGCAACGUUACAGGCAACUCCAACUAAUGGAAACUUUUAUACAACAAGAAUUGUUCACGAUCACACUCCCAUAGUUGUUGCUAAUGAAACGGUGUCUGAUGCUGCCAGACCCUUGCCAAAUGAAAUUAUCUUGGCUGAGGACGAUGACGACGAUGAUGACGUCGUUGUAGUGCAUUCCAAUUUGCCACCUGUCAUUGAUCUAUGUACACCCAGUGAUUCACACAGGCGAACGGUUUUUAAUCGCCCUGAGUUGCCACGUAGACAAUUGGAAGCCAACGACACGGAAGUGGAAAUCGUGCCAGUUCGUCGACGACGUAUCAGUAGAAGCAAUGCUGUCGAACCACAACCAACAAUCACUACCUCUUCUGGUGGGGAAAUAACAGAGAGUCAUACAACAAGCGAUUCCUCUGAGCCUGCACCAUACGUGUGCCCCGUUUGCUUGGAGUGUUGUUUUAAACGGCGACCCACCGCCACCAAAUGUGGUCACAUUUAUUGCGAGGAAUGCAUACGCCAGGCCAUAAGAUUGACACACAAAUGUCCCAUGUGCAAAGCCAAAAUCAACUGUAGCCAAUUGACACGUUUAUAUAUCUGAACAUCAUAAGUCAUAAAAGCAUUUUUUUGAUGCGCUAGCGCAGCUUUUGUUGAAAAUCAUUGAAAUCUCAUUUUGUUUCUAAGAAAUUAUUGAUAUUAUUUAUUUAAAAAAUUUUUGUUUUGUUAGGUUUAUUUUUUAAAAAUUAUUUUAUGCGAUCUUGUUUCACUAACUCUGUUUUGCUUCUUAUAUAUGACUAAUUUUUUAUGGUAAUUUCCGUUUUUUUUUAUGUCCAAUAGCUUUAAAUCAAAAACAUGCAAAUCUUGUAGAAGAUGACUUCAGUCAUAAUAAGUCAAGUGCCUAAUAAGACUUUAGUGUUGAAGAUUAAAAUGAACCAUUUUGCAUAUGUGCCCCAUAUCAAGGCGUAUUUAAUAAGGUGGCCGCAUCAACGAAUUGCUACAACAACGCAUCUUUUUUGGGAACUUGAUAUGUCAAAAUUUGUAAACAGGGCGAGGAAAAUUCGAUUCGCCCUGACAUUUAAAAUUUUCGGCAAAUUUGCUUCGACCGAUCAGUGCAAGAAGAAAGAAGUUUGUUAAUUUUUGAGUCUCAAGCAAGAAAACAAAUAUUUAACCACAAAACUGCUUGGAGCAUUCAGGCCCGAUCUGUGUGGUGUUCAUUGCUGUCUCGAGAAACUGAGCUGCGAGCUACCGCGCGCGUCCACAGGUUGCGGAUAGUGGAAUGCUUCAUAUAGAGUAGCUGCAACGGCAGUUGCCGACAAUCGAGCUCGCAGCUCAACUUCUCGAGACUCAGUGAGAAGACGGGAGGCACCGGCUCUUGCCUUAAAACUGAGUGCCUAUAAUGUACGAUAUGACAAGGCGAGUUAUUGGCGCCUUUAAAUAAACAAUGGCAACCCUGUUCCCGCGGCGAUCGGAACGAACUUGCUCACUUACAGGAGUCUGACGAGGAUCGGGGUGAAGCCAUAUGAAAAUGUGGCUACGACAACAACAAUAGUUUUCAUAAGGUUAUUGUAGCCGUAGAUAGCUACCAAGUGAAUGCUUCCAAAUGGCUCAAGUACGAAGAUUGUGAUUAGAGCUUUAUCACCACAAGGAUGAGUUAUGUACCCCAUUUUGGCUCUUUAAUAUCUAUCGGAUUUUCAGGUCAUUUGAAAAGGACAGUGAAAGUUUUUUGCCUAAGAAGAUGACGUUGUCAACAUGGUGUGUGGCCGAUCAGAGUCCAUAUAGAAUGCUGCCAAAAUACUAGGUAACUUGUUAUGUUCAGGGGACCUCUUCUAGAUGUGAUGGAGCUGCCGCUCUCACUACUGAAUGUCCUGUAAAGACAUUGCAAUAUCGGGACUUUGACCUUGCGCUGGUCGCAUGGCGGACUUAAGCUUGAUUUAUGGGGAUGAGAAGCAGUCAUAGAUGGUUGAGCCCCUAUUGUGCGACUGCCCUGAAAUUGCUAGAGCAGGUGCAGGAUUAUGGCUACACAAAAACUUAUUUUCCUGUUUAAAUUAUCUUCAUGCAGUAGUCCUUUUGCCAUUUUGGACAACUAUAGCUUUAAAUUGCAUAUUGGAGGGAUCUUCUUCAGACUGCCUGGCCGUUUUGUCAUGCAUGUUGGAUCCUAAUCUUCUUCAACUUAAUAUCUGGUAUUGUACUGACGUAAAUUUUAUCAGUGUUUUUCUGCGGUUUUGAAUCUUUGUAUUUUUGUACAGCGAAUUCAAAAAUGAGUUGACAUCAAAUUCUCUCAGCUGGGUGGAUGCCGUCACCUGAUAAAUACGCCUUGCUAUAUAUGAUAAAAAAAUUUUAAUUUAU